AUGGACGAGAUUGAUGCGGCCUUGGAUUUUCGUAAUGUUUCAAUCGUCACAAAUUAUAGGUGUUAUAGACCUCCGCAAUAUGUAGGGUUAGAAAUGUCGCCGACAAGUGAUAGAUUUCAGUUAAAUAAUAUUUUAUGGAAAGAAAAAAUUAAAAAAUUAGUUAAUAUUACUAUUGAUCUCAAAACUUUACAUAAGUUAGGAUAUUGUCAUAAGGAUUUUCAUAGUGGAAAUAUCUUGCAAGAUGAAAGAUUUUCUUAUAUUUCAGAUUUUGGAUUAACAGGACCAGCAGAUAAGCAAAAAUCAGAUGAUCGAAUAUAUGGAGUAUUACCAUAUAUCGCUCCAGAAGUCUUGAAUGGAGAACCAUAUACUUUAGCUUCUGAUAUCUACAGUUUUGGUGUAAUUAUGGCUGAAUAUUCAUCUGGAAACCCUCCAUUUUAUGACAGAAAACAUGAUUAUAAAUUAUCUUUAGAUAUUUGUAAUGGACUUCGUCCAGAUUUUGGAAAAGGAACUCCAAAAUUUUAUAAGAAAUUAGCUUAUAGGUGUAUGAAUGCAAAUCCAAAUCAAAGACCAUCAGGCGAUGAAUUGAAGAAUACAUUAUCACAAACCAAUCCAACAGAAGAAGGUGAAAGAACUAUGGCAUUGAGAUGUCAUGUUAAUAUCAAACGGAACUCAGUAGUAGCAAUUAUUGAUACUGGAGCAGCA